GUAGAAAGUCACUGAAUAAGCACAAGGGUUUUCACACUUACUCGGUAUGAUUGAAUGAUGACAGAGAGGAGCGAAUAACUAAGGUGAAAUAUGGCACUGCACAGCUCUCCCACUCACGCGGAGAUUGGAGACUCUGAUCUGGAUGACUGGGAAGUAAAAGGCUCUGGAGGUUUCGGACAAGUCUACAAGGCCAGACAUCAAAUGUGGUGCUGCGAUGUGGCCGUUAAACUGCUCCACGAUGACGAUGGGACCAGUUCAUCCUUGCUGCGUGAAGUCAGAAUGAUGUGUAAAGGAAGCAGCCCAUACGUCAUUCCAGUCCUUGGGGUCUUUAAAGGUCAUAGUCCCUCUUUUGGACCAGUAAAGCUUGGGCUGGUCAUGGAGUUCAUGGAGAGAGGAUCACUUGCCAACCUGCAGAGAACUUUACAAGGACCCCCGCCCUGGCCACUGGCCUUCAGACUGACCCACCAGGUGGCCCUAGGUAUAAACUUCCUCCACAAUCUCUCUCCUGCUCUGCUGCACCUGGACCUAAAGCCGAGCAACGUGCUGCUGGACUCCUUUCUGAAUGCCAAGCUUACAGAUUUCGGCCUUGCCAAGUUUUCCCAAAGUGUCACACGGAAAUCUAAGAAGUACAGCGACGAAGAAGAAGGGGGAACUAUCAGCUACAUGCCCCCAGAGGCAUUUAGCAUCUCAUACAACCCAACUCGGGCAUCUGAUAUCUACAGCUAUGGUAUACUGUUGUGGUCCAUUGUCACAGGAAAAGAACCAUAUCCACAUGCAUUGUCCAGCAUAGUUCGUCUCCGCAUCCCGCAGGGAGACCGUCCAUCGCUGGACGAGAUCCGUUGUUUGGCUGCAGGGCGUGCCGGGUUAGCAAGACUAAUGGAGCUCAUGCAGAAAUGCUGGGAGGCUAAACCUGCUCAAAGACCCACUUCUCAUGUGUGCACAAUUGUGACAGAAGAGCUGUAUAAGAUGCACAAACGUGCAAUUAUUGACGCCGUUCAUGGAGUGCUGAAGAAACUGGACCAAACGGAAACAGAGGAAAUGACUGAGCAGUUUGAGAGGUUUUCUAUUGCUCAGUCUGCAGUGAGCACCAUAGUGAAACCUGCAAACAUUUGUGAAGAUGUCCCUACAGGGCGCCCGCCCAUUCAGGAAGUGGCUGGCAGUUGGCCUGCAAAUCAAAGAGACAACACUAGAGUCAAAGAAUCACCUUCACAUCGAACUGCCAAUGUGUCUCAGGUGGACCAACCCCACUCAGCAGGCUAUAAAAUGAAACCAUCCUCUGUUCAGCCCAUUCAGUCGCAGCCCCCGUCAGCUCCAUCGAGGAAGCCGCAAAAUAGAUCAUCGAAAAACAUUUGCCCACCUUUUAAGCAAAACCAUUUCUCUCAGUACCAGCGUCAGUCCUCCAGCCCUGGUAAUUUCUGCUAUCCUGCCACACCUAGAAUCAACAUGCACUUCUGCAACGUAGUUGGAUUACAACUUGGUGACAACAACACCAUGCACAUCUGCGCCACAGAUCCUUUAGAGCGGAAGAGGCACCCAACAGCACCAUCUGCCGUUAACGUCCCUCUGCCACACUUGGGAGGCUGGGGGAACAAGGCUGGAGGAGUUGGCUGAGUGUAUUGUCUAAUCUUCCCUCUUUCUUUUUAACUUCUCAAAUUUGAGAUCAUAUUUAAGGGGUUUUUUUUGCAUGUUUUUUUUUUUUUAAUCUGUUGUAGUGGAUUUUUAUAUCUGGACAGGUUUCUGAAAAAGCUUUUUGUUUUCUAUUAUUUUCUGUAUUUAUUCUGUUUAUUUUGUUUGAAAUGCUGAAACCAGUGAAAAAAACAUCACACCUUUCUUUUGCACUGUCAGCAGUAGAAUUAUGGGCCAAGUCUGGUCAUAUGGUUGAUGCUUUUUCACCUACUGUGGUCAACAAAUAUCCAAAGACAUAGUGCCAGGAAAUCAUCUUAAGCCAGAAAUUGCCUUAACGGCAGACUGACUGUUAAUCACAACAAGUCAAUAUGUGUUAUAAAACCAAACGUAGGAUUUGCAUUAAUGCACAGGUCUUCGACUCCAGGCCUCAAGGGCCGGUGUCCUGCAGG